AUGCCGCGUGAAGAUUCGUCAUCAAGCAGAAAAGCCAUUGUGAGCGGUGGCUUCGGCAGCUCGACGGCGACGACGGGGAGGCUCCCGUUCCCGUUGCUGACAAGGACGAACUACGCAGCGUGGACUGUGAGGAUGAAGUUCAUUCUACGAACCAACGGCACAUGGGGUGUCGUUGAUCGUGGGAAGAAGCCAACAACCGAGGAUGUCGAUGAGGCCCAGGACCAGCUGGCCUUGUCGAUCAUCUCCCAGUCGAUCGACGACGAGACGCUGCUGCGAGUCACAGAGAAGGAGACCGCCGCUGAUGUGUGGGCGGCACUGCGCUCCAUGCAUGUGGGCGUCGAGCGUGUUCGGGAGGCAAGGAUCCAAUCCUUGAGGUUAGAUUUUGAUAAUAUUAAGAUGAGUGAUGCAGAGUGCAUGGAUGAUUUCGCGGAAAAGUUCAUGAUGCUAGUUGGACGCAUUCGUGAACUUAGAGAUGCGAUGGAAGAAAAGUACGUGGUGAAGAAGCUGCUGCGGGCUGUCUCCACCAAGUUCAUCAAUAUUGCUUCAUCGAUGGUGCUGUUCAACGACAUCAACAAGAUGACCAUGGAAGAGGCCAUUGGGUCAUUGAAGGCACAUGAAGAGCUACUCAAGGGACGGGAGGUCCAAACAGAACAGCAGCUCCUGAUGGUAAAAGGAGAAGACUCGGCGCGAGGUCGAGGUCGUGCACAAGGCAGCCGCGACGGAGGCAAAGACAAGAGCAAGGUAAAGUGCUACAACUGUCAAGAUUAUGGACAUUAUGCUUGGGAAUGUCCUAAGAAAGGAAAGGAGGAGAAGGCGCUGCUCGCGCAAGGCUACGCUAGCGACGAACCUGCUCUUCUCUGA